UUUUAAUUUGACAAAUGGGUGUCAUUCUCCGCGUUAAAUAGAAGUAGUUCCCCUCCAGACCAGGUGGUGGCGGUAAUGCGCCUCUUUGUUUCCGUGCCAAGCGCCAUUUGAAAACACCCGAAAGAGAAAACUAGUGAGCACGGGUGUCCGAAUUACUUUGAAAAUUCAGAGAACUAUAUAGAGAACUAUAUAGUGCCGCACUAUAUAGGGUUUUAGUAGUUAGGGGUUAGGGCGGUAAUUCGGACACAGGGCCGGUUUCUAAGUGGCUCAUCUUUUCCCUCAACCUCGGAACCGGAAGCUGUCGUUCUGACGCUCACUUCACCGCCGGCUCUCCGGUUACGUUUUGGUUCCGUGAAAGCCCUGCUGUUGUUCGCCGAACCGGUCCCGUAGCCACCCCGCAGCCGCUGCGUGGACCCCGAACCAACGCGGGAAAUCAUGUGGCAGAGCCGGUGAGGCGGCGGGAAGUGGUCGUGGCGGACGCCCGCGUGCCGCUCCGGUCGGUCAUGGAGGACGGCGGGAAGCGCGCAGACCGGAACGGCGAACCGAGUCGGAACACCGGGGACCCGCAACUGGACGCAGCCGUGCAGCGCUGGUUCUGCUGGGACCGGAACCCCCGGACCCGGGCUCAGAUGGACUCCCUCUUGGAUGCGGGCCGGCUGGAUGAUGCCCGGUCCAGACUCUGCGGUCGGUUAAGCUUCGGCACAGCCGGACUCCGGGCGCCAAUGGGAGCCGGGUUCAACCGGAUCAACGACCUCACCGUGAUCCAGUCCACCCAGGGUCUGCACUCCUACCUGCGCAGGUGUUUCCCGGACCUGUGCAGCAGGGGCGUGGUCGUGGGCUUUGACACCAGGGGGCAGCAGGAGAGCGGUUGCAGCAGUCUCAGGUUGGCGAAGCUGACGGCCGCUGUGAUGGUCAGCAGAGACGUUCCGGUCCACCUGUUCUCCGGGGUCGUCCCCACGCCGUACGUGCCGUUCGCUGUGAAGAAGCUGGGGGCGGCCGCCGGCGUGAUGAUCACCGCGUCACACAACCCCAAAGAGGACAACGGCUACAAGGUGUACUGGUGUAGCGGUGCGCAGGUGGCCUCCCCUCAGGAUAAGGAGAUCCUGCGCUGCAUAGAGGAGGAGCAGGAGCCCUGGAGCGCCUCCUGCUGGGACGAGGAGGCGGGGCAGCGCAGCCCGCUGUGCACCGACCCCCUGACCCGGGUCAACAGCUGUUACAUGGACCGUCUGUCCUCCCUCUGCUUCCACAGGGCAGCCAAUGGUGACUCUCCUCUCAGAGUCGUGCACUCCUCCUUCCACGGCGUGGGACACGCCUUCGUCCAGCAGGCCUUCCAGGUGUUCGGCCUGGCCCCGCCCAUCCCGGUCCCGGAGCAGAAGGACCCUGACCCGAACUUCUCCACGGUGCGCUGCCCAAACCCGGAGGAGGGCGAGCCCGUGCUGGAGCUGUCCUUCCGUCUGGCGGAGAAGGAGGACGCCGGGAUCGUCCUGGCCACGGAUCCUGACGCCGAUCGGCUGGCCGUGGCGGAGCGAUGUGACAGGUGUUCCUGGAAGGUGUUCUCGGGGAACGAGCUGGCGGCGCUGCUGGGUUGGUGGAUGUUCUUCAACUGGAAGCAGAACGGCGCCGACCCAGCCGAGGGGCGGAGCAUCUACAUGCUGGCCACCGCCGUGUCCUCCAAGAUCCUGCAGGCGCUCGCCCGCGCCGAGGGGUUCCGCUUCGAGGAAACGCUGCCCGGCUUCAAGUGGAUCGGGAACCGGAUCCAUGAGCUCUCCAGGACUGGGAACCGGGUCCUGUUCUCCUUCGAGGAGUCUAUUGGGUUCCUGUGUGGAGACAUGGUUCCAGAGAAGGACGGCGUGAGCACCGCCGCAGUUGUUGCAGAGAUGGCGGCGUACCUGCACAGGGGGGGGCUGAGUCUGGCGCAGCAGCUGCACAUCAUCUACCAGACGUACGGGUAUCACCUGUCCACCACCUCCUACGUCAUCUGCCGCGACCCCCCCACCAUCCAGAGGAUCUUCAGCCGCAUUCGAAACUUUGACGGCGCCGAAUUGUACCCUAAGACCUGCGGCGGCGUGCCGGUGGUCCACGUCAGAGACGUAACCACAGGUUACGACAGCAGCCAACCCGACCUUCGAUCUACGCUCCCCGUGACCAGGAGCAGCCAGAUGGUCACCUUCCACCUGCAGAACGGUGUCGUGGCCACGCUGAGGACCAGCGGCACCGAGCCGAAGAUCAAGUUCUACACCGAGUUCUGCGCUGCCCCAGGGCAAAGUGACGUGGUCGCGCUGGAGGAGGAGCUUCAGAAAGUCACGGCCGCCCUGCUGGACGAGUUCCUGGAGCCCCAGAAGAAUAAGCUGAUUGGCCGCUGUGUUUAGCCCCGCCUCCUUACCUCUGUUAUUGACAUCACUCGCAAACGAAUGAGAGUCGAAACUGCUUUGCUUUCAGUGUGGUGCAUUAUGGGUAAGUCGCAGCAGGGCCGGCAUGUUUGGUGGACAGAACCACUGAACGUUUUUUUAUGUUUAGGCCCAAUUCAGGGAAGAGACUUGGUUCUAUUUAUUCCAAAGGGGUAAAAGUCCAGAUCCGAGCACCGCCCCCUACCCCGGGAUGCUGUCUGUAACCUGGAGAGACUGUAAACCAAAGACGUGUUCCAUAAACUGUUUGGAUGGAAUGUUUGUAAAUGUUUCUGUAAUGGUUCUUGAAUUAGCUUCAGGUUUUGUUUGUCGUUCUUGUUGGCGUAGGCGGAGCUUCAGGCUGGCGGCGCCGUUGUCUCAGAAGAGCUGCUGCUCUUUAAUAAAACCUGCUGAUCUAA